UAUCAUUGGAGGUACCGGCAACUAUACUCGGCAUAAAGUGGGGAAUACCGUAAAUGGUUAUAGCGUACGAAGACGUGAUCGCUCCGCUUGGAGGAGUCUCUAAAUUACGUCUUACAUAGGACAAUCGAAAAAGACAUGACUCUUUGAUAGGAUUCAAAUAAUUAUAAUCAUCAUCAGUUUUCAAGUUGAAACCCUCAUCAUGGCCCCGUUGAAAAUUGCUGUGUUAGAUGACUACCAAAAACUCUCUGAGAACCCGUUCAAGGACUUACCAUCCUCUGAGUAUGAGGUAGAGAUAUUCACCGAUACACUACUACCAUACAACCAUCCUAAUACUCCUCAAGCUGCCAAAGAUGCACUGGUUAAGCGUCUUGAGCCGUUCGACAUCAUUUCUUCGAUGAGAGAACGGACACCGUUCCCGGGAGAACUUAUCAAUCGGCUUCCAAAUCUUAAACUUCUCCUCACAACAGGCGGUAAAAAUGCAUCUAUCGACGUGAAGACAUGUUCUCAGCGUGGCAUUCCCGUAGCUGGUACCGAUGCGAAAGGGCCAAGUCCAGACCCUACGACCCAGCAUUGUGUCGCCUUGGUCCUUGCGCUUGCGAGAAACAUCCCGCAAGACGAUGCUAUCAUGAAAUCCGGAGGUUGGCAGACAACUUCCGCAACGGGAUUGGCGGGGAAGGUGUACGGCAGCAUCGGUCUUGGUAGAUUAGGAGUGUCCGUCUCGAAGAUCAUGCACAUAGCCUUUGGGAUGAAGAUCGUGGCAUGGAGCCCAAACUUAACUCAGGAGGCUGCCGAUGAGAAAGCCAAAGCUGCUGGAUUGCCCGUCGAGGACGAAAGCGGAGAGAAGACGUUUAAGGUAGUCAGUCGAGAUGAAUUGUUCUCCUCUGCGGAUGUAGCUACUGUCCAGCUGGUCCUCUCAGACCGGUCUAGAGGUCUAAUAACGGCAAAUGAUUUAGGAAAGAUGAAGAAGUCGGCGCUGUUCGUUAAUACUUCAAGAGGCCCGAUAGUGGUAGAAGAGGACCUACUCGAGGUAGCUAGGAAGGGUUCAAUACGUGGCAUAGGGAUUGAUGUGUACGAAAUCGAGCCACUGCCUACGGCCAGCGAGUGGAGGACGACGAAGUGGGGAGAAGGAGGUAGAAGUCAGGUGGUUUUAACACCGCACAUGGGCUACGUUGAGGAGGAACAUAUUACGGAGUGGUAUCGGCAGCAGGUGCAAAACAUAUUACGAUGGCAGAAGGGUGAAGAAUUGGCAACCGUUUUUAGGGAUAAUGGGUACUAAGCAUUACGAUUUAAACUGAACUACC